AUGUGGGACAGCCUGGGCCGGAGCAUCUGCAUCUGCGUCCGCUGCCGCCGUGGUGUUCCCAACUGGAGACGGAAACUAAGUUUCGACGACGUGGGCUUCGAGCAAUCGAACUCAUUCGAGGAGCUGGAGGCCAGUGGCUCCAGCCAGUCACCACUCCAUCCUCACUCAUCAUUCGAGGAGCUGGAGGCCAGUGGCUCCAGCCAAACUACUCUCCAUCCUCACUCAUUAUUCGAGGAGCUGGAGACCAGUGGCUCCAGCCAAAAAACUCUCCAUCCUCACUCACCCUUCGAGGAGCUGGAGGCCAGUGGCUCCAGCAAGUCAACUCUCCAUGGCUCACCCGAGACAGAGACCCUCGCCCACUCGUCGCCCUUGCAGCCUCUGAGCCACAUACGAAACACCGAGGACCUAAAGGCAGGCGAGGUCUCAUGGUUCCCACAAGCCAAGACAUGGAGACUAAACGUGGAUGAGAUCCGCAAGGUCUACCGGGACAGGCUAGAGAGGGUUCAUGACUGCUUGGAGUGCGGCGUCAUCCUCCACAGCCACAAAGCCCUAGCCGAGCAUGAGAAGUUGGACGACCACGUCCAGGAAAAGGAGCGAAUCGAAAAUUUUUUUAAUUCCAAGUUAAAAUCUAUGUGUCCUAUCUGUGGAGCUAAAGCUGGAAACAAAACGAAGCUGAGGAACCACGUGAUCAGCACUUCCGGCCUUUAUAAACCCCCAAGACGCAGAGCCGAUCGCGGAGCCGAUAUAAUGGGUCUCAUAAUGGACGAGUCCUUCCCUGACUUGUUCCAAUAA